AUGGCUGUCCUCGGCGCGAAGGGGGAGCUUCCCAACCUCAAGCUCCCCGAGGGCAGCAAGGAGCUGAAAGACGAGAAGGCGGUGCGGCUCUGCGAGCUCAUCGACGUGGUGGGCGCUGCUGUGGGCAUCCGCGCGUACCACCGCGCCUCUGGCCUCAGCAUGCCCACGCUCUCGCCUGUGCCUGCGGAGGACAAGGCACCGCUCUUCCAGCGGGUCACGGACUUCUGCUCCUCAGGCCUCACCUGGGACAGUAUCUCCUGGGGCCCUCGCUUGGAGGCGAAAGAUCUCAAUCUGGAUGUGUACAAGCGACUGGGCAUGGAGCGCACCAAGCAGUUUGUGGGCAUCACCUCGCCCUACGCCCCCGCCAGCAAGUGGGAGCCAGCACUCACCACAGCCUACGACUGGUUCCAGUGGUCGCUUGAUGCCUACCCGCCCAACCACGACUUCUUCCGCUUGCUGGGGGAUUUCCACAAGGAAGGAGCGGCAAUGAGUUCAAGAGUCCAGAGAAUACCUGCUAGCCACACAAAAAUACAUUGCCCACGGCUUGCGUGGUCUACAUUUAAUGCACUGUUCGCUACACCACUCGCUUGGUUCAGGAGGAGGGAUGAGGAUAUGGGUAUGUUGCAAAAAAAUAACCCCCCCAUCUACAAAAACACAUGGUUGUCUUUUGGAUUUUCUCUAAAACGUAUCCCCAGAAGAUGUUCCUUGCGUCUUGGUGGAUCCUUUCAUUUCGUUUGGAAGAGGCCUAACCCACCGAAUUCUUUCACAACAUGA